AUGAUAGUCACUUGCCUUCUUCUCUCUGCAGUCUGGACCCUUGUAUCAGGAUCCGUGCAGGUGAUGCACAGAAAGGUCCAGUCGGUCCAGGCAGGUGGAAACGUUACUUUUUCGUGCCGGCUGAUCACGAACGAAGACGCGCUACAAGUGACCUGGCAGAAGGAAAUGGAAGGGGAAGACGACAAUAUAGCAACUUACAGCACCGUGAACGGCCAAAAGAUUGUGAAGAGCUACGGCAGCAACGUGAGCUUUGCCCACAGUGGGCUACAAACCUCGGCCAUCUCCCUUCAGGGAGUCACUUUCCAGGACGAGGGAUGCUACAAGUGCAUCUUCAACAUAUUUCCCUCCGGGGCUGUCACCGGCAGGAUGUGUCUCAAGGUUUACGGCAUAUCAGACCCCAAAGUAGAAGCUAAGUUUAUACCCAGUCCAGACAAAGCCAAAGAUAACGACAAAGUGGUGGGAAUAAGCUGCUCGGCAACAGGGAAGCCAGCUCCCAAAAUCACCUGGCAGCUUCCCAGCACCCUGCAGGAGAUACCAAGGGAGCACCGCAGAAGAGUCAGCAACCAGACUGUGACCGUCAUCAGCAAUCUCACCCUCGCCCUCUCCAAGGUCUUCCAGGAGCGCCCCAUCGCCUGCGUGAUUCAGCACCCGUCUCUGAACAAGACGCUGGUUCUGCCCGUAGAUGGCCUGACGCAGGGUCAGGACACAGCUGCAGUGCCAGCCCUUGCCACCACCCUUGGGGUGUUAGUUCCUCUAAUUUCCCUCCUCCUACUCAGCUUCCUCUUCUGCUGCUGCCUGAGACAGCUGCAUGGACCGGAGCGACACCGAGGCUGGCCCUGCUUG